AUGUCUGGAUCCGAAGAAUUCCACCAAAACCACCCUGCUAGCCUCAUUUGUGAAUUGUGUAGACUAUUCUACGAUAAUGGUUGGGUGACUGGAACCGGAGGAGGAAUUUCAAUUAGGGACGUUGAUGGAGAAAACCCUAAUAUCGUAUACAUUGCGCCUUCAGGAAUCCAAAAGGAGCGUCUUCAGCCUGGCGAAAUGUUUGUUGCUGAAUUGCCGGGAACUAUUAUCAAAACUCCCAAUGAUGAGAACUCCCUUCCCUUAUCAAAGGAUCUAGCUGCCAAUUUCAAAUACAAACCGCUGGCAUGUACGCCCUUGUUUUUGAGUUGCUACAACAUGAGAGAUGCAGGUGCAUGUAUUCAUACUCAUUCGCAAAAUGCAGUGAUGGCCACCUUGAUUUGGGAGGACAAAGUUGAGUUCAGUAUGAGCCAUAUCGAACAGAUCAAGGCGCUUCCGCAGCUCGAAUUGAAUGACAAAACUGGAAAGGUUGAGAAGGUUGGAAGCAUGCAAUUUUAUGACACAAUGGUUCUUCCGAUCAUUGAGAAUACGCCGCACGAAGAGGAUUUGACCGACUCACUCCAGGAGGCCAUUAGAAAGUAUCCUGGAGCAACUGCCGUAUUGGUUCGUCGUCAUGGUAUUUAUGUUUGGGGCGAAACAGUAUGGAAGGCAAAAGUUUACAAUGAAGCCAUCGAUUACCUUUUAGAGUUGGCGCUUAAGAUGCACCAAAAUGGAAUCCCUUUGGUAAAGGAGUAA